AAUGGCGGAUACGAAGGCCCCGUCAAAACAACCUGAAGUUCCCGAAGUUUCUAAAGAAACUUUAAAGCAAUGGGAAGCAGAAGCUAAGGAUGAUAAUGAUGAAAGUCAGGUAAAAUUGGGUGAUUAUUUUCUCAAGCUUGCUGAUUCUGGAAUCGACAGAGAAGAAAAUGCCCAAAAAGGUAUACAUUGGCUGGUUCAGGCAUCGAAACAAGGCAAUGAUGAGGCUACCAAGCAGCUGGGGAAAUGUCUCAAAACAAAGACAGGUGUCACAGCUGAGAAUCGAGAAGAAGUUCAGUGGUGUGUUGAGACCAGUAAUUUUGAGAAGAAGGUUAGGUCUGCAUCUCGUGGCCUGUUCCACAAACUGUCAGGGACACACCAAAAAGUGAUGUCUUUGGAGGAAUAUAUCACAGCUGUCAAGAAAGUUUCGGGCGGAGAUGUUUUGGAGGAGAAAGUACUCAUAGCUGCAGGCAAGAAAAUUGGCGACAACAUCAGUGAAACUGAAUUCGCUAAAGUAUUGUCAAAGAAAAUUCAAGGAAAGAUAACUCUAACAUCUUCCGAGAAGGACUCUCAAUCAGAGGAAUACAAAUCUGCUGGAAUCAUUAAUAAGGUUAUCAAGCACCCGAAAGCGACAGCCAUGGUCCUGUUUGAUGAAGGAUUGGAAUGGGUGUCUGACGAAGGUUUAAAAUUUGGCAUGUCUUUGAUUCCAACCAAUCAGCUUUAUUUGCUUGGCGUAUUUUUCCUGUACAGUUUUAUUUCAACGAAACUCCUGUUUCUGGUCAUCCCGCUUAUCGUAUUUUACAUCGCAAUUGCCAUCAUGGUCAUCUCCACCUUACAAAUGUUUUAUAAGAGCAAGAAACUAAGGGAUGCAACUGCAAUGGCAAAGGUCCUCAAGAAUUACGAUGUCGGAGUAAAUGUUGAUGAUACAAAAUCUCAAUACACAUGGAACACACUAACACCAUAUUUGGUAUAUUUUGGAGCCUUGCCUUUUCUGAUCGUAAGUUUCUCAUUGGCUAAUAAGAUAUUCAUCCCUUGCUCUGAACUAAUGAUACUUUCCGGCGCUUUGUCUGCAGUUUGUUUCUCUGCCUUGAGUGACAGCCAUGAUCUUAUCACUCUGAUGGCAUUGGGGUGUAACUUUCUUGCGUCACUUCCAACAUUUUUCCAUGCUUUCCCAGAUAUCCCUGUAAUAACUCCGAUUCUACACAUCUUAACAGGCUCCCUUUUCUCCAUUGAACUUGGUUACGGAUUUUCCCUAAAUUUCGGAAUUCCUUCUCUUUCACAUAUUGUGAUUGGUUUAUUUUUCAUCAUCAUGGCAAUGCAGAAGUCCUUCAGUGGUGUAUAUAGGGUAUUAGUACCUCACCUCAUCUGCUACUUUUGGUGGAACUUCAUGACGUCACUCUUUCCCUUCACCACUUGGACUGGUUUAGCCCGUGCAGGUAUCGGAUACUUAUUUCUCCCUCUGCUCUUUCCAUUCAUAAUGUUAGCCAUCAUAGGAGGCUUUCUCUAUUGUAUCUACUGUCUUUUCCGAACCGAACUUUUUGGAAAGAUCAUCAUAACACUUCUUUUGCUUGCUGUGCCAGUCCUGCUGACUCAAACAAAAGCACUUUUUGGGAAGAAGACAGAUAAGCAAUACAAAAAUGUCAAAACUAUCGUCAUGGUUGUUUUCGGAGUUUUGGCAUUCAUACCUCUUGCUUUCAUUCGUCUGCCAAGUUUCAAGGUGAAAGGAAAACUUAAUUUAUCUUGGGAUGACUAUAGUAGUAUUUGUGUGGAUGGAUUGAAAAGCAACACAGCACCGAACCAAAUGCAAUGCAGUCAUUUCAUUGGCCAGAAAGUGGUAUGGGAGGGAACAUUUGUAAGUUCAAAGGUCACAAAGAUUGAGAACAGUGUUGCACCAUUGCUUAGUAGCUUGCCCGGAUUUAUUGCGGAACAACUUCGCUGUAUAUAUGGAGAGGACUUUGGAGACUGCGAUUCUGAUGAAAUUACAGAAAACGAGAAAAAAAUCUGUCAGUUGAUGAAAACAGCAGGGAGAGAUUGCCAUUUAAAGAAACACGACACUUUCUCAUUUCUGGUCAACGUAGAAAUGCCCGACUCAGUAAUGCUAAGUUUGGAUGUCGGAGAUGGAUUUAAGCAUAUAAUAGCCGCUUUAGAAGAAAAAGACAAAGUCAAGGUCACUGCAACUCUUCAUGAUGGUUUGGGGACAAAAUCUCUGCAUAUGAAAAUGAAAAACAUUAACUGCCUCAGCCGAGAUUUGCCAGUAAUGGAAAUGAUAGAUGAGGAAGAUGAUGAUGAAAUAAUUGAAAGAGCCAUGAACGAAGCUGUCACUGUUGCUUUUAAUUUCUUCUGGUAUCCUUUAGUGGAAUAUGCUCCUUAGAGGCUCAAGGUCACAAGGUCAGAGGCACAGAACUAAAAGCACUUGCCCAAGGGCAUUUCCAAAAACUAACAGUUGAUAUAAGCAUUGCAAUCUGUAUGAAAAAGUAUGCUGGUAAUAUUUUGUUAUAAAUUCUCAACAUUUUAGUGACAAGAGAAGACCACUUUUGUGAAUCUCUUUUAGGUGUCAUUGGUUUUUAUGUAUGCUACUAAACGUGUGCAGUUUAAAAUACACGUAUAAUGUACUUCAACAAUGGCAUAAAAAAAAAAAUAGCUGGUUGGAGUAACACUACAGUAUAUUGUUGUUUGAAAUAUGGGUUAUAUAUUGUUCAGGGCUCAAAGUAACGUCUGUUAUUGUGUAAAUUUGCGAUUUUGUUAAUCUUUCAAAAGUUGCAGUCAAUGCUAAAAUGAUGUUCACAAUCGAAAAAGGUUACAGAGAGAUGUUAUACUGUACGUACUAAGGAAUUAGAAGAUUUCUUUUAAAAUUAAGACAACUUGGCCGGCGACUAACUUUUCCAAUUUGCACCUAGAUUGUAUGACUUGGUAGCCAAAUAGGACAACUGGUAAAAAUAUCCACUUUGAGCCCUGUUUGUUUUAGGUUGAUUAUUUUAUCAAGCAAUUGUGCUUAUUAUAAUUAUUAUAAUUAUUCACUAGUCAGGAAACUUGUAGUUUGUAUAUCAAUAUGUAUUAAUCCUGAAAUCAGCCAUCAGAAACAAUGAGUACCUGGGCUAAUUAGAUUUAAGUAUCUAGACUAAUUAGAUGUAAGCAUCUGGACUGAUUAGAUGUAAGUAUCUAGACUAAUUAGAUGUAAGUAUCUAGACUAAUUAGAUUAAGUAUCUGGACUAAUUAGAUGUAAGUAUUUGGACUGAUUAGAUGUAAGUAUCUAGACUAAUUAGAUGUAAGUAUCUAGACUAAUUAGAUGUAAGUAUCUACACUAAUUAGAUGUAAGUAUCUGGACUAAUUAGAUGUAAGUAUCUGGACUAAUUAGAUGUAAGUAUCUGGACUGAUUAGAUGUAAGUAUCUAGACUAAUUAGAUGUAAGUAUCUGGACUAAUUAGAUGUAAGUUUCUAGACUAAUUAGAUUUAAGUACAUGUAUCUAGACUAAUUAGAUGUAAGUAUCUAGACUAAUUAGAUGUAAGUAUCUAGACUGAUUAGAUGUAAGUAUCUAGACUAAUUAGAUGUAAGUAUCUGGACUAAUUAGAUGUAAGUAUCUAGACUGUAAGCACCUGAGCUAGUUAGAUGUGAAUACCUGAGCUAGUUAGAUGUGAAUAACUGAUCUAGUUAAAUGUUAACCAAGUUCAUUAAUUUUAUUUAUUUAUUCUAUUCAAGGACAAAUUAGAUGUUUAAGAGGAAAAUGUAUUUAGCAUUGGGACUUACUAUUAAUACAUUAUAAUAAUUAAUUUAAUUUCCAUUGAUGCCUUCUAGCAAAAAAUAUAUUAGCAACAACAUUAAUGAUUUUGAUAUAGAAUUAUUGAUUAUAAAAAAAACAUUUGAAUGAAAAUUAAAGAUGAUAGAUCUGUGCCUUAAUUUUCCGAGGUCAAACUUACAAUGUACAAGUUGUUGAACAUUUUUCAAUAUUUUCGGUGUUUUUAUUUCACACCUUAGUACUACAAUGGUUUAACUAGUUUGACUUGGUAAUUGUCUUAUCAAAGUAAUUUAUAUGUUUGGUUUAAAACACUAUAGAAGUGAUUUUCAGUUGGAUAUUUAAAGAGGAUAUAAUUAAUUUUUCUUUGUUUUCAUGGUAAAUACUCAAAUGUGAUUGGUCGAAAAAUUCUUUUCAUUCUUCUAUGAAAGAAAGAUAAAUAAUGGCGCGAAAAACGUUACUAUCAGGUACUCUCUUUAUUAUCAACUUAUAAAAGUUUAAAAUCUUGACGUUAGAAUUAUCUCCUGUCAUAGUCUCAUUUGCUUGAUGGAGGAUCGCAAGUUGCUGCUGGUUUUUCUUUUCUUUUAUUUAUUUUUAAUACUCCAGUUUUGAACAAAUCUGCAUGAUUCCAUACAAUGUGUUGUAAUCCAUACGGAACAAGUUUGAAGAAGAGGACUGUCAUUGACAGGAAUACUGUAGUUUAUAAUAGUUUCAUAGUUUUCUUUUAAAGUUCAAACUUAAGGAUAAACUAUUUUUCAUGUCAAUUGCAAGGCCUAAUUUUGGAGUUGCAAAAGAACUAUUUAAUGUAUUUUUUUAAAUGAUCUUUUUUAAAAAUAGUUAUAUCCUCCAAAGACCUCAGAAGAGAAAGUUAUACUAGGCAAUUAUUAAUUGUAGUUUAUAAUCCAUUAUCCCCAUUUAUGCCCUGUAUCCAAAACACUUUUCACAUUCAAAUUCAUUUAAUUAAAUAUUAAUAGUGUUUAUGCACUUGUGAAUGUAUAAUUUCAUUUAUAAAGUAUCCCAUGGUUUUCAGUGCUCUCAAAUACAUAUAUGCUUUUGUCUCUUAUGUCCAUAUAUAUAUGUGGGACUCAGUGUCUUUGACUCAAUGUCUGUACUUCUCCUGUAAGUACCCAAUACAACGGACCCAAUGUUACAAUUUCAACCAGGAACUAAUUGUCUGAAUAUUCUGAUUUUAUAGAAAUUACAUUGAAGAAAAAAUCUCUACACAUGUGAUAUAAAGGAUAUUUUUAUAUGAAUAGUUCAGGAGGCAUGUUAAGUUGCAUAUUAAAAAUUAUUUUUGUAAGAGUUAUCUACCUUGAAAUUUUGUCUCAUAACUGAAAUAUAACCAGUGCCAUGUUGUUUGUAGACUGUGAUACAUGGCCACUUUUGCAAAAUCUGCAGAAAUGUCAAACUAGUUGAACCAGAAAGACGAAUUAAUGUGAACAACAGUUACCACAGUCUGAGACUUAAACUGGCAGUAUAUGUACUAGUACUUGUCCAAAACUGACAAUCGCUAGUUUUCAGAAUAUCUAAACAUAUCAAGGUCGGUGCUCACACAUUUUAGUUAGCACCAUAAUAUGUUGUCUUAUAUGAUAGAAAACUUUGAUUUGAGCUGUACUGGUUACGAAAUGCUUGUUCUGAUGGGACUUUGUUUACUGCAGUUAAGGUCCAUACUAAUUGGACCAUUUCAGCCCAGGUUAUGUGUACAGCAGCCCUAGGCCUAUUUUUAUUGUAAAGGCAUGACUAAGGGGAAGCUACUUUACUAGUAUACUUUGGAAAUUACUCAUCUCUGUAAAAAGUAUCUGUCAUAAUGCAGCUGUACUUGUCGGCCAUUAUUCAGCAGGGCUCACACUCGAUCACCAAAAAAAAAAAAAAAAAAGCAGAUCGAGAAAUUAUGUAUAAGGUUAAGACUGAAGGAAAUUUCUUUAUUUUUUGAAAUGUUUGUCUUUACGAAAUAUGUGGAAACUUGUUUUUUGGUAUGCAUGUAUAUUACAUGCAUAUUCUUGUGAUAUAUCAUAAUACACUAAAUGAAUCUCAAUGGUUAUAUGCUUGAGGCAAACAAAACCUUUUUUAAUACAGAUUUUAUGAUUAUAAAGUUUAAUAUGUUAUAACAUUGGAAAAUAAUUUUGAUUUACGGAAGUGUAAUAUAUUUAUAGAAUAAUUUUGAUUUACAGAAGUGUAAUAUAUUUAUAGAAUACUCAAGUGGAUAUGAAGAUUAAAUCGUGCUAUCAAUGUCUGAUGGGGAAAAAAAAUAGGUGCGUUGAGAUAUGUAAUUUGAGUUUAAUAUUGUAUUGUUUAAUUAACUUCAGUGUUUUUAAUUGAUUGUAACAAGUCUUACAUGCGUCCAAAGACUACAGUAUUUUUUAGCCUUUGUUCAAUAUUAAUUUUUUUAAAAUUCAUAUUGAAUUGAAUGAAGACAAGGUCACCUGCUUUCAAUAUUGAUGGAGAUAAGAUCUUUUAGGCAUCAGCUGAAUUUGCCUGUAAGGUCAAAGUUCAGCAUGAAUUAAGGGUCAUGAUGACUUCAUACCUACAUCUAACUUCAAUGUCAAGGUCAAAAUCGCACAAGUUAUGUAUUUGUCAUUAUGAAUAGAUUCAGAUGACAAAGGCCAUCAGAUUUCUUUCAAAGUAAAUCUCGAUAUAUGUGAUCAGAAGUUAACAAAGGUUUUAUCUAUAAUUGUAAAUUUGUAUAAAAAUUAAUGUUAAUGAGGAAAUCAAAUUUGUUAAUUGUUUCUUAAGAUCAAGACAUUUUAGUUUGAAUAUAAUUCAACUUUUUUUUUUUGUAAAAAAAGAUAUACCCUUGGUUCUUUGCCACUAAGACAUGACGAUCAAAUUUUCACUUUUUGUAUCAUAAGAAAAUGUAUCCUUAUUUUUUCUUAGCAAUUCUUUGUUUUUAAUUUUUUAUAUCUACAUGUAAAAAAUAUUAAACUGUGACAUGUGUUUAUCACUUCAUACAUUGUUUUAAGGUUGCUGGUAAAGGACUCAUUUGCUUCCUGUGUGAAAUGUUUGUUUUUGUUGAGUUUAAACAUACUUUCACAUAUCAUAAUAUAUAUAUAUAUUCAUACACUUUUACAUAUAUAUAUUCAUAUGCAAAUUGUAUAUAAAUUUAUUAUUUUAUGUUUACAUAACUUAUACACACCCUAUAACAUGUUUUUAUACUUUUGUGAUCUAUUAUAUCAGACCCAAUGUUUUGUUUUGAUUCAGAAAUGUGGUACACUUCAUAAUAUAUGGAUAUCACGCUAAGAAAAUAUGAUGCAUUUUAUCAAAGGACACUUUGUUUAGAUUGUGGCUAAUUUUCAGAUUUCAAUGGUUACAUUUUGGAAACAACCAUGUUAAGAUUUUUUAAUAACGAACAGAUUGUUAAUUUCUCAUGUUACGAAUUUAGCAUUAGUUGAUCUAAUGACUGAAUUUUUUUCAACGACUUAAUUUUCUUGAUUACAAUGACCUAAUCUUUUAAAUGUUUUGUACCUAAUAAUUAUGCAUAGACAUGUUCACAAACUGUGUUAUUGCUCUCAAAAUCUUGUUCACAUACAUGAUAUACUUGUUAUCUUUUCCAGACUUACUGUUGCCUAGCUGUUACUGGUAUUUAGUAUCUAGCAUAUUUUCCAUUGUCACAAUAUUGUACUCUUUGUUAUUUCAACUUUUGGUUACCAUUUUUUAUAGUUUUUCCGCUUUAAUACCUAAUAUAUUGCAAUAUUGAUCUGUGACUUGAACAAAAUUAACUGUUAUAACAAUAAAAUUGGAAGCUUUAA